GGCCAAACAGCUGUAAAAAGUGCGUAAUUAUGUACUUCAAAAACACAACAAUCAAAAUUCAUAAGUUAUAAAUGGUCAUGAUUAAAGGAUAAACAAAAAGAAGUUUAAACAACUUUCACCUUUCAAUUUGCACUACCUUGAAUUCCGUUUCACAUAACUUGGCAACUCUUGGUCGAAAAAAAUUGCACAAGCAAAAAAAAACAAAACAAAGCAAAAGUGGAAAAAUUAUUAAAAAAAACAGACAUGCAACGUUUGGGAAUUAUAAUAAAACAGACUACUGCAGCAGUGGUGCAUACGCAACACGUGCGCCCGCUGUCCAUCCACUGGAAUUUGGCUCAGAACCAAAAGCCGGCAGGUGGAAAUCCGGGAGAUGCGGGAACACCCAGGACGAGAGACCCCCGGAGUCCCAGAACAGCCGCCCAGAAGAUCACCCUCAUCCAGCAGAACCAGUCGAUGAGCAUAACCACCUUGGAGGAGGCCCAGAAGUUGGCCAAAAGGCGUGAACUGCACCUGUUGCGCCUGCAGCAAACGGAUGCCAAAACAGGCAGAGCCAUGUUCAAACUAGUCACCGCUGCCGAAAUGCUGUCGGAUGAUGCCGAUCCAUCGAAAUCGUCCAGCGAAAAGGCCAAGGAGAAGAGGUCGGAAAAGUCCCUAACCAUUGGUGCCCGCAUCACUGAACAUGAUCUCUCCUCGAGGCUGAAGAACAUCGCCAAGUGGCUGGCCAAACGGCACGAGGUUCGCAUCCUCAUCCAGGGUAAUGCCAGCGGAUCCGAUGAGAGCAGCGCCGACCGCAUCGUAAAAGCCAUUGAACAGACCAUCAAGGAGCCACAAUUAAUUGGCAGAAUAGUGCAAAAGCGCAGCAAGGGAUCCUUCAUAAAGUUCAGCAUCAUGCCUGUGGUUCCAAAGCCAGACACCCCAACUAAUCCCGAUCCCCUCCAGUCCUGACAACUAUCGCCGUUGCCUCGGAUGUGCCAUAAUCACUGCACGGUAAUGGCCAACCCACAGAACUUCGCCUUCACAAUGUCUUUCGUCCGCCAUUUGUUUUUGGGGAGGAGAAAGCAGCGGGCCAAUAUCAAUUUUGCUCCCAUUUUUUCAAUUGCGGCUCUGUUUCUUUUGUUUUUCUUCAAAUAUUUCUACUGGCAUCAGUAUUUGAUAAAAAUACUGGAGAAAGAUGCAAAGGAACCAAAAGAGAACAAGGGUCGACCAUGAUUAUAAUCAGCACGUUCACGAUUAGUGUUUAAAUACUUCAAAUUUCACCAACCUCUUCAAUAAAACAUCAUGAAAAUACCA